AGAGAGAACAGUAAAAAUGCAGGCAGGGCACAGGACAAAGCACUCGGGACAAAAUGUAUGUGAAAUGUCACUUUUUGUCAUUUUCAAAUUUCUCGCCAUUCCAUCCCCCAUACGUCCCGACGCUCACAGAGGACGGAACCCAGAUGACAGAUGCUGGCGUCUGCCGGAUUACAUUGCCGGGGACACUGCAGGAGGGACAUCACAGGAGCACAGGACAAGGUAAGUGAUAACAGAUCCCGGAGCAGCGCCGCAUGGUAAGCCCGAGUGUAGCUCGGGGUUACCGCUUGUUGUACUGAAA